GUUAACUCCUGGUGCCCCCCAGCCUGGGCACAACCACCCUGGUAGUCCAGGGGCCAGCCCACUGAGCUGGCAUAUCAGCUGGUGGCCCCGCUGGACUCGGCCCUAGGGAACGGCGGCGAUGGGAGCGCCCCGGAUCUCGCACAGCCUUGCCUUGCUCCUCUGCUGCUCCGUGCUCAGCUCCGUCUACGCACUGGUGGAUGCCGAUGAUGUCAUAACUAAGGAGGAGCAGAUCAUCCUUCUGCGCAAUGCCCAGGCCCAGUGUGAGCAGCGACUGAAAGAGGUCCUCAGGGUCCCUGAACUUGCUGAAUCUGCCAAAGACUGGACGUCAAGGUCCGCAAAGACAAAGAAGGAGAAACCUGCAGAAAAGCUUUAUUCCCAGGCAGAGGAAUCCGGGGAAGUUUCUGACAGGAGCCGGCUGCAGGGUAGGUACCAUCCCCACAGGCCAUGGUCCGAGGGGGGCCCCGGGGCACCAGGGGCCUGAUUUCCGAUACUCUGCCACUUUGUGGGCUUCUCUGGGCACCUAAUUGUAACCCGAUCUGUGAUGGGAGAAAGCAAAGACAUAAGAUAAUAUGGAGUAGUGGAGAGAGCUCAGGGCUGAGUCAGAACGCCUGGCCAUUACAUUUGCUUUGUGACCUCGGACAAAUUCUUUCCCUCCUUUGGGUCUUUAUUUACCCCUUUGUAAAAUGAGGGGUUGGGACUAUAUCUUUUAAGGUCUAAAGUCCUAAAAUGGAUAAUUCCUAUUUUCCUGAGCUUGCUUUUAAAAAAGGUGAACAAGAGGACAACUAGGUG